AGAAGCCCUUCAGUCCGUGUGAGAGUCUCCUCCAGCGCGGACACGCUGCAGCGCUUGUGAAUACAGGAGUCCCCUGAAAAGCGGGUUUCCCUUCGGGCAUGCUGGAGGCAGGUCCCUGACAGAAAGCGCGGAGCUGGGAGUGUGCCUCCACGCCUCCCACUCGGUUUCCUCUCCUGUCGCAUCUGGUUGAACGAGGAUUCCUCCAGUCGCGGACAGAAUGACAGGAGAACUGAAGGACGAAACAGAAGAGGAGUUUCCGCAUUCACCCUUCAUCAGAAAACAAGGAAACAUUUACAAACCGAACAACAAAGACAUGGACAACGACAGUAUGAACGAAAAGGCCAUGGAGGAUGUCCACACCAAGGAGAUAGACCUGGUCAACCGGGACCCCAAGCACAUAAACGACAACGUCGUCAAGGUGGACUUUGAGGAUAUCAUUGCAGAGCCCGCAGGAACCUACAGCUUUGACGGAGUAUGGAAAGCCAGCUUCACCACCUUCACUGUCACUAAGUACUGGUGCUACCGGCUGCUGACGACGUUGGUCGGCAUCCCACUGGCGCUGAUCUGGGGAAUCUUCUUUGCCAUCCUGUCCUUUGUGCACAUCUGGGCUGUGGUGCCAUGCGUCAAGAGCUACAUGAUCGAGACCCACUGCAUCAGCCGUGUCUACUCCAUCUGCGUGCACACCUUCUGCGACCCGCUGUUCGAGGCCAUGGGCAAGAUCUUCAGCAACAUCCGAAUCCAAUCAACAAAGGGAGUGUAGAAUCCCAGAACAGGAGUAAGAAGAGGAUUUAAAGGAAUAUAGUCUAGGAGGAAGGACGGG